AUGCUGCAGGCCAUCCAGCGAGAAAAGCCUGAGAAGUACAGAAAACUGCAAGAUGCCAGCAGAUCAGCUGAGGCCCUGGUGGAACAGAUGGUGAAUGAGGGUCUGAAUCCUGACAACAUUAGACAAGCCUCAGAGCAGCUGAAGAGCCGCUGGAUUGAGUUCUGUCAGUUGCUGAGUGAAAGACUGGCAUGGCUGGAGUACCAAAAUAACAUCAUUGACUUCUACUCCCAGCUGCAGCAACUGGAGCAGACAGCAAUUGCUGCAGAAAACUGGCUGAAAACACAACCCACACCAGCAACAGAUCCUGCUACAGUAAAAACUCAGUUAGAACGAUGCAAGGAUGAAAUCAUUCGAAUGUCAACCCUGCAGCCUCAGAUUGAACGGCUAAAGGCUCAAAGUCAAGCACUCAAAGAGAAAGAACAAGCACCAGUGUUUCUGGAUGCUGACCUUGCUGCUUUUACCGGCCAUUUCAAACAAAUAUUUGCUGACAUGCAUGCCAGAGAAAAGCAGCUACAGACCAUUUUUGACAGUUUGCCUCCUGCACACUACAAGGAGACAAUGAACAAUAUACUUGUGUGGAUGCAGCAGUCAGAAACUAAACUCUCCAUGCCUCAGGUUGCAAUUGCUGAAUAUGAAAUCAUGGAGCAGAGACUCAGGGAGUUCAAGGCUCUCCAAAGUUCUCUGCAAGAGCAGCAGAAAGGCCUGACCUAUCUCAGCACGACUGUGGAAGACCUGUCCAGGAAAGCCCCUGCAGAGGUCAGCCAGAGUUACCGAUCCGAGGUUGAGGUGGUCCUUGGCCGCUGGAAGAAGCUCUCGGCACAGCUGGCAGAGCAUUGCCAGAAGCUGGAGGAGCGCAUGACCAAACUCCAGCGAUUCCAGAAUGACACUAGAACACUGAAGAAGUGGAUGGCUGAAGUGGAUGUUUUUCUGAAGGAAGAGUGGCCUGCCCUUGGAGACUCAGAAGCACUGGAAAAGCAACUUGAGCAAUGUACAGCUUUAGUAAAUGAUAUCCAGACAAUCCAGCCCAGUUUGAACAGUGUUAAUGAGACUGGGAAGAAAAUGAAGAGUGAAGCAGAGCCAGAAUUUGCUUCCAGAAUAGAGUCAGAGCUAAAGGAUCUCAAUGCUCAGUGGGACCACAUUUGCCAACAGGCCUAUGCUAAGAAGACUGCAUUAAAAGGUGGUUUGGAUAAGACUGUGAGUCUCAGAAAAGAUUUGUCAGAGAUGCACGAGUGGAUAACACAAGCUGAGGAAGAAUAUCUGGAAAGAGAUUUUGAGUAUAAAACACCUGAUGAGUUACAGAAAGCUGUUGAGGAACUGAAGAGAGCAAAGGAGGAAGCCCUGCAGAAAGAAGUGAAAGUGAAGCUUAUUACAGAUUCCGUGAAUAACUUUAUAGCAAAGGCUCCACCUGCAGCUCAUGAGGCUUUGAAAAAGGAGCUUGAUGUUCUAAUUACCAGCUACCAGCAACUCUGCAGCAGGCUGAAUGGAAAGUGGAAGACUUUGGAGGAGGUAUGGGCAUGUUGGCGCGAAUUAUUGUCAUAUUUGGAUGCAGAAAAUAAAUGGUUGAAUGAGAUUGAAAUGAAACUCAAAGCAACUGAAAAUGUCCAGGGAGGUGCAGAAGAGAUUUCUGAGUGUUUAGAUUCUUUGGAACGUUUAAUGAGACAUCCAGAAGAUAAUCGCAACCAGAUUCGGGAACUGGCUCAGACUUUGACAGAUGGUGGGAUCUUGGAUGAAUUGAUCAAUGAGAAACUUGAGAAGUUCAAUAGUCGGUGGGAAGAACUUCAGCAGGAGGCCGUGAGAAGACAGAAAAGUCUUGAGCAGAGUAUUCAAUCUGCACAGGAGACUGACAAAACCCUGCGCUUGAUCCAAGAGUCUCUGGCUGUUAUUGACAAACAGUUAACAGCCUACACUGCAGACAGAGUGGAUGCAGCACAGGUCCCUCAGGAAGCACAGAAAAAGCUGCAGGAUGUGUCCGUGAAGUUUCGCUUGUUUCAGAAGCCAGCCAACUUUGAACAGCGCCUCCAAGAAUGUAAAAGAAUUCUAGAUGAAGUGAAAUUGCAGGUGCCCAAGCUGGAGAUGAAGAGUGUUGAGCAGGAAGUAGUACAAUCACAGCUGGAUCAUUGCAUGAAAUUAUAUAAAAACCUGAGUGAGGUGAAGUCUGAAGUGGAAACAGUGAUAAAAACUGGGAGGCAGAUUGUUCAGAAGCAGCAGACAGAGAACCCAAAGGAACUGGAUGAAAGGCUUACAGCUUUGAAGCUGCAGUAUAAUGAAUUGGGUGCAAAGGUGACAGAAAAAAAGCAAGAGUUAGAGAAAUGCUUGAAAUUGUCCCGGAAACUGCGGAAAGAGAUCAAUGCUCUGACAGAGUGGCUCGCAGUGACAGACGCGGAACUGACAAAGAGAUCGGCUGUGCAGGGGAUGCCGAGCAAUUUGGAUGCUGAAAUUGCCUGGGGCAAGGCAACACGGAAGGAGAUUGAGAAACGCCAGGUCCAGCUUAAGAGUAUCAGUGACUUAGGAGAGAAUUUGAAGACAGUGAUGAAAGGAAAGGAAAGUCUUGUGGAUGAUAAACUCAGCCUGCUGAACAGUAACUGGAAAGCAGUAACUUCACGUGCUGAGGAAUGGUUCAAUCUCUUACUGGAAUAUCAAAAGCACAUGGAGGCUUUUGAUCAGAAUGUAGCUAAUGUCACUACUUGGAUGUAUCGUGCUGAAAUACUGUUGGAUGAAUCUGACAAACAAAAACCCCAGCAAAAAGAGGAAGUUCUUAAGCGCUUAAAGGCUGAGCUGAAUGACAUUCACCCCAAGGUGGACUCUGUGCGUGACCAGGCCAGAGACUUGAUGGCAAACCGUGGGGACCACUGCAGGAAAGUGGUAGAGCCUAAACUCUCAGAGCUCAACCAGCGAUUUGCAGCUAUUUCACAGAGAAUUAAGAGUGUAAAGCCCUUCAUUCCUUUGAAGGAAUUGGAGCAAUUUGACUUCGAUAUACAAAAAAUGCUUGAACCACUGGAGGUUGAAAUUCAGCAGGGAGUGAAUCUGAAAGAGGAGGACUUCAAUAAAGAUAUGAGUGAAGAGGAUGAGAGCACAGUGAAAGAAUUGCUGCAAAGGGGCGACAGGCUUCAAAAGGGAGUCACAGAUGAGAAAAAGCGGGAGGAAAUAAAGACAAAACAACAGCUGUUGCGGACUAAACAUAAUGCCCUCAAGGACUUGAGAGCUCAAAGAAGAAAAAAGGCUUUAGAGAUUUCUCAUCAAUGGUAUCAGUACAAGAGGCAGGCUGAUGACCUAAUGACAUGGCUGGAUGACAUUGAGAAAAAGUUAGCCGGUCUGCCAGACCACAAAGAUGAGCAGAAGCUAAAGGAGAUUGGUGGAGAAUUGGAGAAGAAGAAGGAAGAUCUGAAUGCGGUGCACAGGCAGGCUGAACGCCUGUCUAAGGAUGGGGCUGCAAAAGCAGUGGAGCCAACCCUGAUACAGCUCAGCAAGCGCUGGCAAGAUUUUGAGAGCAAAUUUGCUCAGUUUCGAAGACUCAACUAUGCACAAAUUGUGAGUUGUUACUGGCAAACCCAUAUGUUUGCAACUGCUACUACUAACAGCAUCCUACUAACAAUGAGAGCGUCAGGGUCAGUGUCAACUCUUCAGAUAUUAAUAAGAAAAGCCCUAUUGUGUGCAACUGGGGGAAGCUUUAUAUACUCUGAUACAAUAGUGAUCUGCUUUGGUCUUAAAAUUGCCCUCAAGUUAAAUCAGUCGUUGACAAAAAACUCAGCAAUGAAAAGUUUGUGUUUAUUUCUGUUGCCUCAUCAUUUUUCCAUAACAUUUAUCAGUUUAAAAAUGUUAGUUUGCCAUGCAUCUAUUUUUUUCACUGAACAUGAAAAACACAAAAGUUGUCUUUUCCAAACUACCCAUCCCAUGCCAAUUUUAAUUGUUUUUUUUAUUUGUCCAUAAUAUGUUAUACUCACUUUAGGAAGUGAUUGGAAAAAUUUUUAUGACUCUAUAUAUACAUAUUUUUUUCUUCAAAGCUCUGCUUGAACUCUCAAACAAGUUUUUGUAAGAAAAUGUAACUUUAAAUUUGACAGGAUGAAAACAUAAAUUUACAAACCAUCUUCAUGUCUUCUGAAUUUGAGUUGUUUAGUUGUAUAUAAAAUACAAUUAUUCUUACUGGUUUAUACAUGCUGCAAUAACUGGGUAAAUAAAAGGGAAAUAAACUGUCAGUAUUCCAGCUUUACAAACAAGAUAUGUAUUGAGUGUUACCCAUUUAGAAGUUUACCAGAGGUUGCUUUUGCACUUAAAUGAGCUUUUUCUUGCCAUUCCUACUACUCUGCACAUUGUCUUCUGGGUUUUUGAUUUUAUAUGAAGAAAGAUAAGAUUUGCUUUUAAGGAAGUUGUUGCUUCAUGUGCUCUCUGUAAUCUUAAAAGUGCUAGUGGUAAAAGGGUGUUUCAUCAAAAUGCAAUUAUAUUUCUUUAUUUUUAAAUGCACCUAGAUUGCAGAGGGAACAUACUGAUCGGAUAAUGACAAUUUAAAUAUGUGAAGUGUUAUUUUUAAUUGAUAUAUGGUAAAGUAUGUUUUAUAAAGGAAAAAAUAUCUAAAAACCAGCAAUAUGUAUAAACUUUUGAUAAAUAUAGUCCUCUAUAUAAUGUACUAUAUUGUGUAUUUUUGACUUUUCUAAUACUAAGUUACAUAAUGUAUAUGUAAAACUAAUACUUUGGAUAGUUAUGCAGUUAAUGGAAGCAAUCAGAGGAACAUUAACUUUGGUUUGUAUGUUAUUAAAUCUUGUUCCAUCUGAUUACACUAUUCAGAUUACUAUGGUUUAUAUUAAACUUGAUGGAUGUAAUCAGUCGCAAAUUGUUUAUAUUGACAUGGAGCUAGAGCGAGAGUCACUUUGUCUUGUAAAUGAGUUGGCUUUUUUUAAUGAAUAUAUUUGUUCCUUUGAUAAUCAAGUAAGAAAUCAGAUUGUGCAUGCAAUUUAUAUGAAAACACUCUGCUGUUGCUGUGUUUUUUAUGUCAUCCACCACCUACCAUGACAGGGGAUGAAUAUAUCCAUUAUAAAAUUUUACUAGCAGAUCAAUAAACUUUAUUUUAGUAUAUUUUUCUUUCAAAUAUCUCAAGUGGAUGUGCAUCAGCAUGUUUUUUGAAUUGCUUAUAUGAAUACACUCACCAGCUUUUUAAAUUCAUGUAACCAUUACAUAUGUUUUUAUUCCUAAAAUAUAUAAUUAUAUACUAUAUUUAUAACCUUGAAAGGUUACAUUUUAAAUAUUAAAUAUUUCAUACAUGAAGUCUACUUCUUACUAUUUAUCUAGGGAUUAAAGUCAUUCAAUGAAAUUUACAUGUACACAGGACAAUUAGUGUAUCCUUCUCAUCUCACAUGAAAAAUAUCUUGCUCUGUUGACAAUGACUAAGGUAAUAUUCAUAUGAAAUAUUUUAGAAUUUAUACAGAAGCUACUGAGACAUGAGAGAGGCAGUACAUCAUCUUCAUGACCCAAAUCAGAGUGAGAAGUGCAACGGCCUUGUUAUUGUUGCUGUUUUGACUUUGCUGAAUUAGUGAAACAGAGGGAAUUUCUCAAGUUUUUUUUUUUUCUUUUUUCUUAAACAGCUUAAGUACCUACCUCACAGGGAUGUUGUGAGGAUGCAUUAAUUGUUUGUGAAAGACUUUAAAAUACAAAAGAAAAAUGAGAAUUCAAACUAUUCACUUGAACACAUGCAUAUACCAUCAAAAAUAACGUCCACUGAGAUUUUCUAUGUUAACCAACAACUGAAUAAAGCCAUACAAUAAAAAUACAAAAUUGAUUUUUUCUUUAAA